AUGACGAGCAAGCCACAGAUUAUAGUUGACAUCGACUUCAAUACAACGUACAGUGGGUGUGUGCCCCAUCAUGUUGUCACAUAUAGUAUACAAUUUAACGAUGACAGGAUCGCUUGGUCUCUUACUGCAGUGGCCGAUGAUAUCGAAGUGAUAUCUGAAUGGCCAGGUAGAAGGAAACGAACGACUCCUAAAGCGCCGACUACCAUUUGUUAUGAGGGCGGAAAGGUUCGAUGGGGAUACGGACUGACGUUCACAAAGGACGUCAUCCACGGAGUCAAAUUACUGCUUGAUGAAAGGCUGAAAACUGAUUUCAUACCGGUCCUCCUGUCCAAGAAAGUGUUAAGAAACAGAGGAUUAAGCCCGGCUGAGGUUUACGUGCUAACAGUUCCAGCUGUGUGGUCAGACAAAGCGAAAGAUGGUACUCGGUUGGCGACUUCAGCUGCAGGUUUUCCACUGUCUGAUAUCUCCCUUGUAUCCGAGCCAGAGGCCGCUGCGCUCCACUGCUUAAGUGUAAUGAAGCCUAAUACCAUCCAGAGUGGGGAUGUUAUUGUGGUAUGCGACGCUGGUGGUGGAACGGUUGACUUAAUAUCAUAUUGUGUAAAGUCUGUUAGUCCACUUUACCUCGAAGAGGUAACCCAAGGCACUGGUAUGUUGCUAAUUUGCAUAGGGGCUGCCUAUGGAUCGAUGUUGCUAGAUGCGAAAUUUAUGACUUUCCUGAAGGCCCUCUUCGGAGACUCCGAAUACGAAAAGAUCCCAAGGGUAUCUAUACAGGCUGCGAUAAGUUUCUGGCAAGUCACCGUUAAGCCCAACUACUCGUUCGACGAGAAUGAUGAUGAUGACAAUGACGAGUUCCAAGAGCUCGGGCAGCUCAUCCCAUUGCCUGGUGUGGGGGAUAAACUAGUUAUAGGCCUCAAAGGUGGGUUCCUUGCCCUUGACAGGAUAUUUGAAUCUGUGGUAGAGAACGUGGUAUCCCUUGUGCACUCUCAAACGCGUGAUAUCGCUCGCUCUGGAGCAAAAGCAAAGGCAAUUAUGCUUGUCGGUGGCUUUGCCGAGUCGGAGUACCUCUAUCAGCGACUGAAAGCAGCCUGUCCACUGACCCCUGUCAUGCAGCCAACAGAUGCCUGCGCCGUACAACGAGGCUUGGAUGGCAACCGAGUUUCAAUCUGGUCGGAUAUUGAACAGGGUUACUUCGUAAAAGACCGGUUGACAUGGUACAUCAUGAAGAAUGCUGCAAUUUCCGAAAAUACGCCAAGAGAACUCCCACUAGUACUAUAUGUUCGCCCUAAUAAGGAUUUAAGGGAUUGCCAAAGUUUGUUCGUUUGUUACGCUGACAUAGCGCCAAACAAGGUCACUGAAGAUGUGUUCAAGUUGUGUAAGAUGGAAUUUGAUCUUAACGAUAUUCCAACCACGCUUUUUCCAAAGAAAAGGAACUGUAAGGGGUUUGAGUACUAUAGAAUUGAGAUAGUCGCUAAGCUCACACCGACAUCGGCGCCACUUUUGUUUGAAUUGGAUUUUGAUGGUGUGCCCUAUGGAUCGAUAACGGUCAGGUAUUGA